UUUAGGUCAUACCAUCUUUUUCGGCAAAACAAACAAGUAUUUUUCUCUUUCAAACCAUUCGGCUCGCUCAGGUUAUGAAUUUGAUAUACAAGGGAGGGAUGGCUAUGGCCUAUGGAUGACACUGAAUCUUUAUAUGAAGUUGGCUAUGGAUGUUGUUGAACUGUUAACUCUAGAUGGUGUUUGUUUCUGAUGGGAAAAGAUGGCCAAGUGAGAUGUUUUAGGAGAUUAAAGAAUGUUAGGAUCAAGUUGAAGUUUGUCUUUUGAGUUAUUUAAAGGACAGAAUUUGGUGUUUUUCUCUGCGAAACAAGACAAGAAGAUACCUAUUAUAAUUUUUUAUAUUCAUUUUGGCAUUGACAAUGAAGCUGUGGAAACUAUCUGAGGUUUUUGUUGCUGGUUUUCUUUUAUUUUCUAGUUUCUCCUGCUCAGAGAAUCCUCCUUAUAGAACUUCUGUAAGAGAAGCGACUUCAGCUCCGCCAAUCGUCUACUACGACUACAUUAUCAUUGGCGGAGGGACCUCUGGUUGUCCAUUGGCAGCCACUCUUUCACACGGUGCCACCGUUCUAGUCCUUGAGCGCGGUGGCUCGCCAUAUUACAAUUCAAACGUAACGCAUAUCAGCAAAUUUGCCACCACCCUUUCAGACACCAGCCCAUCAUCUCCAACCCAACAGUUUGUCUCUCGGGAUGGGGUUCUCAAUGCUCGGGCACGCGUUUUAGGCGGCGGUUCGGCCUUGAAUGCCGGAUUUUACACCCGAGCAGGUCAGGAUUAUGUGAAGAAAGCUGGUUGGAAUGAGACAUUGGUGAAUCAAUCUUACAGAUGGGUUGAGAAACUGGUGGCAUUUGAGCCACCAAUGUUGGAGUGGCAAUCUGCAGUGAGGGAUGGUCUGAUUGAAGUGGGAGUUUUGCCAUACAAUGGUUUCACUUAUGAUCAUAUCUAUGGGACUAAGGUGGGAGGGACGAUCUUUGACAGAGAAGGAUACAGACAUACUGCUGCUGAUUUGCUUCAGUACGCUGAUCCCAGAAGUCUUGAAGUUUAUUUGCAUGCAACUGUACAUAAGAUCUUGUUUAUAUACCACAAAGAAAGAAGACCUAAAGCUUUUGGAGUGAUAUUCAAAGAUGCACAUGGUGUUAAGCACAGAGCAUAUCUGAAGAGAAACUCCAAGAAUGAGAUAAUUCUCUCAGCUGGGGCAAUUGGAAGCCCACAGUUAUUGAUGCUGAGCGGUAUUGGGCCGGCCCAUCAUCUUAGGGCCCAUAAGAUCAAGGUGGUGUUAGACCAGCCCAUGGUAGGGCAAGGAAUGGCUGACAAUCCAAUGAACAUACUCUUCAUACCUUCGCCCCGGCCUGUGGAGGUCUCUCUAAUUCAAGUGGUGGGAAUAACAAAGUUUGACAGCUACAUUGAAACAGCCAGUGGAUUGAGCUUUGCUCACUCUUUGGCUCAUAGACUCUCAGAAAGCUUUGAAUUACUCUUGAAUCAGAGUGACCAACCAUUCACAAUAGCUCCAGAAGCAUUUGGCAGAGCAACUCCAUUCAGAGAGGCAACACUAAAAGGUGGAAUCAUACUUGAAAAAAUUAUGGGUCCGAGAUCCACAGGUCACCUGGAGCUUCAGAACAUUGACCCACAUGACAAUCCUUCUGUAACCUUCAACUAUUUCAAAGAACCAGAGGAUCUGAGGAGGUGCGUUGAGGGGAUGAGAACAAUCAUAGAAGUAGUAAACUCAAAAGCUUUUUCGAAGUUUCGUGAUAGGAAAUAUCCAGUGCAGACCCUUCUCAAUAUGAUGGCGAGUUUGCCUCUCAACUUGAGACCUAAGCAUGCUAGAGCUGCAGUUUCUUUGGAACAGUUCUGCAUUGACACUGUCAUGACCAUAUGGCAUUACCAUGGUGGCUGCCAAGUUGGUAGAGUCAUUGAUCAAGAUUACAAGGUUUUCGGUGUCAGUGCUCUUAGAGUUAUUGAUGGAUCAACUUUUCAUCACUCCCCCGGAACCAAUCCUCAAGCUACUGUUAUGAUGCUUGGAAGGUAUAUGGGAAGAAGGAUACUGGAAGAGAGACAUUCCAAGGGGGUGAAGGAGAAUAGAGUUUGAUACUCUGAAUUUUAGAGUUGAAAGUUGAAAAAGCAAGACUAGCAUAAAUCAUUUGUACCGAUUUUCCUUUAUGAUUUGGAAUUGCGUCCUGUCUGUAAGUUGUACAAUUACUUUGUUUACAAUAGAAAGAUUACAUAUUGAGGAAUCUUUACAGAUCCAACAACUACCAAAUGAAACAUUGACGAUCUUUUCCCA